GUCUGUAUGUGUGUGUGUGUCGCUUCUGGCGGAUGCUUAAAGUGACGUCAUCAGAGUGCAGGCAGAGGGGGGGGUUUCGCUGCUUUCGGCUGAAUUAAGGGAAACACAGACAUGGACAGUCAAGGGAGAAAAGUCGUGGUUUGUGACAACGGCACCGGGUUUGUCAAGUGCGGCUAUGCAGGCUCCAACUUCCCCGAACACAUUUUCCCAGCGCUGGUUGGCCGGCCAAUCAUCCGCUCCACGGCUAAAGUUGGCAACAUUGAAAUCAAGGACCUGAUGGUGGGGGAUGAGGCCAGCGAGCUGCGUUCCAUGCUGGAGGUGAACUACCCCAUGGAGAACGGUAUCGUCAGGAACUGGGACGACAUGAAGCACCUGUGGGACUACACCUUCGGCCCCGAGAAGCUCAACAUCAACUCGCAAGACUGCAAGAUCCUUCUGACGGAGCCGCCCAUGAACCCCACCAAGAACAGAGAAAAGAUUAUAGAGGUGAUGUUUGAAACGUACCAGUUCUCAGGAGUUUAUGUCGCCAUCCAGGCCGUCCUCACUCUCUACGCCCAAGGGCUGCUUACGGGGGUGGUGGUGGACUCCGGUGACGGCGUCACUCACAUCUGUCCGGUGUACGAGGGCUUCUCGCUGCCCCAUCUGACGCGACGUCUUGACAUCGCAGGGAGGGACAUAACGCGCUACCUCAUCAAGCUGCUGCUGCUGCGAGGUUACGCCUUCAACCAUUCGGCGGACUUUGAGACGGUGAGGAUGAUGAAGGAGAACCUGUGCUACGUCGGUUACAACAUCGAGCAGGAGCAGAAGCUGGCGCUGGAGACAACGGUGCUGGUGGAGUCGUACACGCUCCCGGACGGCAGGUUGAUCAAAGUGGGAGGUGAGAGGUUUGAAGCCCCAGAGGCUCUGUUUCAACCUCACCUCAUCAACGUGGAGGGGGUGGGCGUGGCCGAGCUGCUCUUCAACACCAUCCAGGCCGCAGAUAUCGACACCAGGUCUGAGUUCUACAAGCACAUCGUCCUGUCCGGAGGCUCCACCAUGUAUCCCGGCCUGCCGUCCCGCCUGGAGCGCGAACUGAAGCAGCUGUACCUGGAGCGAGUGCUGAAGGGAGACGUGGACAAACUAUCGAAAUUCAAGAUCAGGAUAGAGGACCCCCCUCGGCGUAAACACAUGGUGUUCCUGGGCGGCGCCGUGCUGGCCGACAUCAUGAAGGACAAGGACAACUUCUGGAUGACGCGGGAGGAGUACCAGGAGAAAGGGACGCGGGUGCUGGAGAAGCUCGGAGUCACCGUCAGAUAAAACGCAAACAAACAAACAAACAAACAAACAAAAACACACUCCCCACUCACACCCCCUCCAUCUCCUCCCCCUCCACGCAUCGCUUACCUUGAUGUGUCCGGAUGGUCACGCCGUGUCGUCAAUUCACGCUCAAUUUGAAAAGCUAAGGGGUAGGGAGGGAUGGAGGGAUGAGGGGUAAGAAGUAGGGUAACAUUUUUGGAAAUAUGUGCUUUCUUGGCGAGAGUUAGACGACAUGAAUGACACCAGUCUCAUAUCUGUCCGUUCAAUAUGAAGCUGGAGCCAGGAGGACGUUAGCUUAGCUUAGCAUAAAGACUGUAAGCAGGGGGAAACGGCUAGCCUGGUUCUGUCCACAGUAACACAAUUCGGCUGCUAGCACCAGCGAUACGUUUUAGGGAGAUUAUUUGCUUUGCUAUUUUUUGGUAUAUCAAGAUUAUUUUGGGGCUUUUUUUGCCUUUUUUUUUUAUUUGGUAAAGCCGAAUUUAGACCGGAAAGAGGUAGAGAGCCAGCAACCGUAAAGCAGACAAGAGAGGAGGUGAUAAAAUAUUGAUAAGCUCAUCUGAGUCACCUCCAGUUAUUACAGUGCGCUAAUAGCAGUAAGCUAACAUGAUUUAGCUAAUUAAUGAUAUCUUGUUUGUUUUAAUUGUUGUACAAAUGCAUAAUCAGUGAGCAUUAGAGGUUACCCUUCAGACACACAAAGCUGUUUCCCUACGUUUCAAGUCUUUAUGCUAAGCUAACUGGCUGCUAGCUGUAGCUUUACUUUACCGUUACAGACUUGAGAGUAAUAUCAAUGUUAUUUCUGACUCUUUCCAAGAAAGAAAAUAAGUGUAUUUCCCAAAAUGAUAUCAUUAUCCGUGACUUUUUUAAAAAAAAUACAGGCUGUUCAACGUCAAACUAUCCUUUUUUUUUUUUUUUUUUUUUGACCGGCACAUCUGCGAGUGUUUUGGGGUUGUGUGCCUCUCAUACGAGGCCAGAUUGAGUUCCUGGCUGUUUUCAAGUUAACAGACUAGGACAAUAAUUACUAUUAGCGCUGGGAUUUGAGUUCCUUUCCAAACCGAGCCCCCCCCCCCGUUCCCAUCGCAAUGGGGGAAAAAAAUAAAUGUGCCACCUAAUCUGUCAAAACACACGGCGGCAUUAGAGAUAAUGCUCACAGCGCGGAGCAUUACAGAGAUUAGAUAUCAGAACAAAUGGAUCAUCACAUACUGUGUCUCUUUAACAUACCGAUCAUCAAAUAACACCCCCCCCCCCCCCCAUUUCCUGUUUAAUGUUUGGGAAUGAGUCACUGUACUGAAGGUGCAGGAGGGCAGGCCGCCGCUUUUCCACCCAGCACCUCGUUCGUCUUUGUUGGGGCAUUUGCUUGCUUGUUUGAGGGCUGAAGUUCAUAUCUUUUACAAGAUUUCAGAGUGAAGAUGUGAGGUGAUUACGUGGGAAACAUCUCAAGGGAACCCAUGAGGUUUCUCAGUGUUUUUUUUUAGUUUUUUUUUUUAGUUUCCCCGCUUUCUUCUGGAAUCACAGCGUUGGAAGUUUUGAUUUGUGGCCGUGAGCAGAGAAACGGACCAGCUGAAGCUUUUUAAUGGGUUUGAUUUGUGUCUGUUUCUUGUUUCUUCGCACAUCACAGAGGAUUUCCAUUCCAUUAACGAUCACGAAGCAUCGAGUCAUUCCUUAGUAGUGAUGCAGGACUGUCACGCUACAUAUCAACGACCUGCAGCUCUACAUCCAAACGUUCAGACAUUUCAGUCACCGAGCUGUUUAGAAUUAAGUUAAAUUAAAAGUAUGAACUCACUGGAUGGUGGACAAUCUUUUUUAGUGACCCGUAAGGUGGAAGAAAAAACACGACUACCCUGACAGAGAAAGGCCUCUUCCAAUCAUGAUGUAUACCGACACGGCUGUAAUUAAGCUUCGAGCCACUAGGGGCAGCACUGAGCACACUGUCGCUGAGCAGAACUCCAUUUUACCAAAUUUGCGACAAACGAGCUGUGAUUUGAACGUGACGUCACUUCCUCUUGUGUUCGAUUUGACACGUUUGUGACCCAUGCACGAGUAUGUGAAAGAUAUGUAGGAGCUGCUUUACCUGAUUUUUAAAUCGACUAAAAUGAAAAGUCAAACACGUUUAUUUUUCCCCACCUUUUAAGGUCACUUAUAAGAAAGUUUGUAUUCAUUCUUUUCUUAACCGGUUUUGUGAAAUGCCACUGGGUGAUUCAGAACCCUGAUACGUUGAAUAUGACGGUUCUGAAUCCCGGCUCGUUUCUCUCGUGCCAAUAAUGCACCAUGCUUUAAAUUCCACCGACGCUCCACUAGCUUCUUUCUCUUUCUUUUUUUUUUUAAAGGUGUGUUUGUUUUGUCUUUAUGUUCCUGAUCAUUGAUGUGCUUGUCGUUUCACAGGAGACCAGGGUUUCUUUUUUCUCUGACGGACUGUUAUAUAUCUGAUUGUACAGCUGUUUGUUGACCUGUAUCACUCCCCGUCGCUCACUGUGGUGACCUCGACAACUCAUCUGGAAUCAGUCACUGCUAUCAAACUACAAGUUUAAAAGCGUGGUGAACAAAUUUGGCUGGCUGGUCCUGGGUCAGAUGUCGAGGGGCUAAAAAGAAACAUAUCCUCUUUUUUUUUUUUUUAAGAAGGAAAUGUCCAAUAGGAAAUAGUUCCAUGUGUUGGUGUUGAAGGAGGAAAGGAGGUGUGGAAACAGAGUCAAACAGUUCUGGAACAAUCUCAUUGGUUGAAAAGAAAUAUCAGUCUCACCGAUAUUGAUAUUAUAGAAAAAUAUGGUAGAAGUUUGAAUUCAUUAUGGUGCUUUUAUACUUUGUAUCAGCCAACACACAGUAUUUCCCAAAAUCAGUAUAAUAAAUAAUACAAAUAAUCAUUAUUUAUAGAGCACAUUUCAGAACAAAGUUACAAAGUGUUUUACAUGGUUGAACCAGUAUUAAAACAUUUCAAGUGAGGCAAAUGAAACCAGACAUUUUGAAUAAUAUUAAAAUUAAAUACCCAACAAUGAUAUAAAAUAAUAAUUAUGAAGUCCUUUUUAAAGUAUAUAUUUUUACUAAACAUGAAUAAUUUACGAGAUUAAAAAAAGGCCAUUUGUUUAAGGUUUUAGCAUAUUCAAAAUCAUCUCUUUUUGAAUGUUGAGUGGCUGUAAAUACUACAGUUCCCAUGAGCCUCGGCGUCAGUUGCAAUCUAGACACAAUUGUGUGAAGUUGAGCCAUAAACACUUACUCUGUUCAGCCAAUGAGAUCAUUCUGGGAUGUUUGUGUAAAACAUUUAAUCUGCGCUCUGGUAGGACAUUUAGAAAACGUAAGACUUUUCCAUUUGAAUUUUUCUUUUUCCUUCUCAUUCCUCAUGACCACACCUGCCUCUCCUUCUCUGUUCUCGGCUGUACUGAAGAUUAAUUUGUGGGUUUUUUGGGGGUUACAGGAGAAGGUGAUUUGUGUGGGUUACUGAAAUAUUAUUUGUAAUAUUAAUAAGAAUCUGGUGUCAGGAAACGGAAAAUCCACGUAAAAAAGCUGGUAUUUGUGGUUUUCCCUCUCAGUUCUUAUGUGUAUAUCGGAGGCACUUGACUCACAUAUAUAAAUAUAAAUGUAUAAUUUUCCUUUUGACGAACACGGUCAUCAAGUGCCAAGUACAAUUACUUUUUUUUUUUUUUUUUUUUUUUUUUUUCCGCUCGUCCUUUUUAUGUUUUGUUAAAAGCAUUACUGCCAACCGCUGAUUUAAAAAAUAAAGCAAAUGAUUUAUAGAC